UCACUUUAUCGAGUUUAAAAACCACUCUCGCGGGUCUUACACAUUUGGGCUGGACGGGGAGGUGCGCAGAGAGCCGUGGUCACCUCUGCGUGGGAGAUGAUGUGUACGUGGGCCGGGAAGUUGGAGCGCUUUUAACUGUUGGACUUGGAAGAUCUCCUCCUCACUCGUAGUCGUAGCCUACCGUGACCCAAGUAUUAUCGGAGUCAGCAAAGAGCAGCUAGGACGCACAUUGGAGAGACAUGAGCCUGCUACCCUCCUUCACACAGUUGUGUCUGCUACAGAUGUUCUGGUGCUACAGCGGCUGGAGCACCUCGACCGAUUCCUUCCUGAAUCCGUUCAAUCAGUGGACGGAUGAUAUUGAUUUAGGACAGAUUCCAAGGCUUUACAGGAGGGAGGAGGUCGGAAAUCUGGUGUGGAGGGAUGAGAACGAGGAACAAGUACAGAAUGUGUUCAAGAGAUUCCUCUUUCAUUAUUCAAAGCUCACAACGCCUUAGGUGCCAUGCAGCACAUCCAACACAAG